UCCGUCCGGCGCUAGGACCCUCCUGACGCGCCGCUCGUGUCUUUGUCUCCGCCAGCCUCCUCCUCCUCCUCCUCCUCCUCCUCUCGGUCCUCCGCCGCCUCAUUCCGAGCCUCUCUCCAUCAGCGGCGGUCUGGAUGCUCGCAGAGACGCAACCAUGGCUGUGAAUCUCGCUCAGAACCGACUGGCCCUGCUCACCGCCUACCAGGACGUCAUUGACGAGACCUCGGACACCGACUGGGCCUUGUACACAUACGAAGACGACAGCAACGACCUGACGCUGGCAGCAUCCGGAGGAGGCGGUCUGGCAGAGAUCACGCUGACCUUUGACAGCACCAGGGUGAUGUACGGCUUCUGCAGCUUGAAGGAGCCCACUGCCGCCCUGCCACGAUACAUCCUCAUCAACUGGGUCGGCGAAGACGUGGCCGACGCCAGGAAGUGCGCGUGUGCCAGCCACGUGGCCGCCGUCGCAGACUUCUUCCAGGGGGUCGAGGUCAUCGUCAACGCCAGCAGCCUGGACGACGUCGACCCGUCGGCCAUCGGGCAGCGUCUGACCAACGGCACCGUGGCCGUAGCCAGUCCGGUCCUGAGCCGUCUGAAAACCAGAGAAGAAGAACUCGGAGACGUGGGCACCGUUUACCAGAAGACCAACGCAGAGAUGGAGAUGAAGAAGAUCAACAGAGAGGAGUUCUGGGAGCAGGCCAAGCGUGAGGAGGAGCUGAGGAAGGAGGAGGAGAAGAAGAAGGCAGCGGAGGAGCGGCAGCGCUACGAGGAGGAGCGGAUGGAGCUGGAGAGGAAAGAGCAGGAGAACCGGGAGAAGAGGUACCGCGAGCGGGAGAAGCAGAUCGAGGAGCACAGGAAGAAGCUGCAGGAGGAAGAGGAGGCCAGGGAGAGGCUGCAGAGCCAGAGCGCCAUGGCGGCAGAGCCGAGCAUUGAAGACCUCAACCUGGACAAGAGGGAGUCUGAGGUCGAGGAGGCGAAGGCCAUCAUCGCCCAGCGCUCAGGAAACCCUCGGGAGUUCUUCAAGCAGAAGGAGAGAGCCAUGACCAUCAGCGUGGACACCUCGCCUGUGUCUGUCCACAGGACCGGCCGCCUGGACAGCCCCUUCUUCAAGCAGCAGCACAGCCCCAGCAGCCGCACGUCGACCCCCCCGCUCCGGGGCGCGUCGCCCCUGCGCCUCCUGCAGUCGCGGCCUGCAGCCGGGGACGAUGAUGACGAAGCGAGCACAGAACGCAGCGUGGCCGCCGUCUCGCCCAUUCCUAAAAUAGUGACUACACCGAUCAAGGACGACCUGAGCCGGGAUGAGGAGGAGGACGUGUGGGAUUCGGUGCCGCGGCAGAAAGCUCCGGUCCAGGAGUCGACAGCGCCCAAACCCGCGCAGAGCGACCCCGCGUGGGAGACCGGGACCGACAACCUGGUGGACCUGUGGGACAGCAGCUCUGCGCCUCCCUCCCAGUCCGCCCAGUCCUCCCAGUCCGCCCACCUGGUGGACCUGAUGGGCGACGUUGAGCCCAGCCCCGCGGCCUCCGGCGCUCGGCCUCAGCCGCUGCUCAGCUUCGAUGAGAUGAUGGACGGGACGUUCUGCUCCGGCGCCGGCGCAAAGGACGACCCGUCCAGCCUGGUGGACGUGAGCAGCUCCGAGCAGAUGACGCUGAGCUACCAGCACGCGCUGCAGCACGCGUCUGGAGAGCGGCAGGAGCUGGAGGACGGACAGACGCUCAUGACCAACGGCGAGACGCUGCUAAAGGAAGGCACCCAGGCCAGCGAGGGCUACUUCAGCCAAUCACAGGAGGAAGACUUCGGCCAAUCAGAGGAGACCUCCGCUAAACCUGCAGCAGUCUUUUAUAACAAGCCACCAGAGAUUGACAUCACGUGCUGGGACACGGACCCCGUGGUCGACGAGGACGACGAUUAACCAGCCAAUCACGCGUUACCACCGGGAGGAAGCAGGAAGUGCGCUUCAUGAAGAAACACGAUUUUUUCUAAAAAACACAAACAAGCAAAAAAAGUAACAAUAAUAAUCCUAAUAAUCCUGCAUCAAACAACUUCUGUAUUAUCUUUUAGAGACAAACCCGUAGCCACCAAACAAAACAAGGUUUGCGUCGCGGCUGGAGCUGCUUUGCGAGGCUUAGUUCCGUGUUUGUUGUUUUAUUUAUUUUUGCCUUUUCUUCUGUUUGCCGCUGUGAUCGCGGGGUUCUCACACGGUCAGGUAGCGCACGCUGCUUAGUGGGUAGUGCUUUACUAAUGGAAACGCAGCGCGUCAGGGGCCGCUGUGCGUUCUUCACCUUCUUCCUUCACCUCUGCAGGUCGGUGCAUCUCGUAUUUAGCCUCACGCGUGACCUCCUUCUGACGCCUUCGACUCGUCGGCUCCCGUUCCACCUUUUUCUAUGAUUUGUAGAUCUGACUGCAGGUUUCAGUGCGCUUUUCUUUCUUCUUCUGCCUCCUCAUGGUUGAACAGCAUCCAACAUCAUCCCUCCUCUCUGCUCCCACAUUAAAUCGCAAAAAACGGAUCGGAUGAAAAUACUGUAGAUAUUUUUCCAGGGAAAAGCCUUUUUUAGCAAACUUUGGCUUUGAAGCAACUACGGUGAACGUGAAGGCAUGUUUAUUUUGUGCACCGUCAAAGGAAAGCACCGACUCCUUUGUAUUUUUCCUACUGCCGUGUAGAGAGGAAGCCGAAGCCCAAGCGCAGAUCCGGCUCAGAGCCGCGAGGACGCGGCGUCGGCCUCACUGUGCGUGAGCGCCACCCCGGAGGCCGGAGGGAGGGCGGGAGGAAACAGCUGGAAGCAAACCUGGGCCACGUGUGUUUAUAGUUUGUCUUUUCUCGCUGUGCACGGAGAAGCAGAUGUCCAGACGGCGUGACUCACGUGGUCCUCGUCGACUCCUGAAGCUCUGCAGCAACUCCGCGUGGAAGCUGUCAGAGGCUUUAACGUCUGUGGCGUCACAGACAUCUGCUGCUCCCUGCACCCGGAACCGGCCCGGAACCGGCCCGGAGGACGGGCCCGCGUCUGCCGCCUGCUUCUGUUCUGUGCCAAUGCAAAAAGUACCACGUCUUUUCUUUUUCACUGAUGUGACGUUUAGUUGCCCUGGAAACUGGAGCGAGAGGCUGAAACAGGAGGCGUGUGUUUUUAAUACCUGUCAAAAAGUGUGCUAGAAAUUAUUUUCAGGACCUUUUUGAAUAUUAGCAACAACAGUGUACGUCUUUUUGCUGUAAAUUCCUGUAGAAAAUAAAAACUCCUAGGCAAUAACAA